AUGGCUGCAAGCGCAAGCACUGCCAGAGUAAAGCUUCCAGCAGAGCCAAGCAAGUCGAGCAGCACGAAUGGCAUGCUUUCGCAGAGGCUUUCACGGGCAGCCUCCGAGGCGGAGUCCACAAUGGCCACGACCAUCUUGCCUCAUUCUUUGUCAACUACCCAGUUGGCAGCUCCUGAUUCUGUCUCUGAACAGGAAGCUGAGGACUUGAAGAGCAUCGUGGCACAGCUGGAGGUCAUGCAAGCGCAGCAGCGAUCCCCGCAGCAGCCCAACCUGAAGCUCGACUCGUUCAUUGCACAGCUGAUUGCAGGGCACCCUGAGCGGCGACAUCGUAUGGCAGUGCUGACAAAAUCUGCGCUUCUGCGCAAGAAGAUCCUCAGCAUUGUUCCCGCAGGUGGAAGAGCUCUUGGGGCGUCAGUGCUUGGCGCCACCUACGAGUGGCGAAUGCACUCCCUCCCGGAUGUCUUCUCCGACUGCAACUGGCCCAAGGCAUCUCACAACAAUUACGGAAUUCAUCACUUGCCGGGAGGAGGGAGCCACCAUGAUCGACUUCUCAGAAGUCCUGCCGACAAGCGGACGCAUCAUCCCAUCCUUCAGAGUUCGGAAGAUUAUUCCUUCCCAAGGGCGAAGCGCUUCCCCGGAACGCAUGGCAAUGGCGAGUUGAACCCAGAAGAGGUGCAGAAGAGAGCCGUUCCCGGGCCAGGCGCAUACAUGAAGUCGAUCCCUGGUGGCUCAGCCUUCUCGGUGGAUGGUGGUGAGACUGUGAUUUUGGGAGCAAACCACACCUAUCCAUGGAAGAAGUCAUUGGGGAGACAGAUAAAUCCCAUUGAGUCCGACGCCACAAGCCUCCUGUCUGCACCGUGCUACACGUUCCCAAAGACUCGACGAACUGUUUCCGACACCGCUGCUGGGCAUGGUCUGCAGGAUGGUGGCCCUGUGAAGACGGACACUGGCUGCCUGUCACCAGGCUUCGUGUACGAACUCCACUCUACGAUGCGUCCGCUGUAUGGCACGCGCACGCUUGAUGGCACACAGUCCUGCGUCAGGAGGAAGAUCCGCCAGCGGCUAAAGGAUGGCCACGUCAAGAAACGUGUGCGCUGCAUUCCGAUGCCUUUGGAGGCACCAGCUGAUCCGGAGUGA